UUGUCAAUGGUCACCGCCUACUGCUGGAUCUACAUGGCGCUACAGGUGAAUAGGACACAACACCACAACAACCUCCAGCGAUGCAGAUCACAGCUGACACAAUUAUCAGAACAGCUUCCAACUACCAAGGGCUUACAGCCAGAGCAGUCAACCAUGAAACUUACCGGUACAAUCGGACAUGCAUUUCGGGGCUGUUUUGGUUUGGCUCCUCAUCUUGCGGCAGAACUGUGGAACAUGCUGGACGAUGAAGAUCCCCUCAGUGACAUUCGAUGGGUAACCUACUUUCUGGCCACACUCAUGUUCCUGAGAACUUACACUGUCACCGCUGUAUUGGCCAUGAUCUUCAUGAAGGAUGAAAAGACAAUUCGCCAUUGGGUGUGGGUGUUCAUUGAGAAGAUUGCUACUCUUGACUUGGUACGUGACAACCAAGCUAGCGCUAGCACUUUUUCUUUUCUUCAUUGCCGACUCCACAAAUACAGAGACCUCACCAUGUACAUGCUACAAUCCACCAUCACUGCUGCUCCAGAUCAGAUGGGAGAACAGACGGAUGAAUGA